AAUUGAGCAUCUUUAUCACUAUCAUCAACAUCUUAAACCAUAAACAAUACCUCAAUUGAACUCAAAAUGCCAGGAAAAUCAAACAAAGAAUUGGAAAAAGAACAUAAACAGAUCGAACAAAAACCUGAAGAUCUAAAAGAUACAGAUGUAGAAAAUGAAUAUAAAGAAGGAAAUAAACAAGGUUUCAGGAAACAAACUGGAAGUGUAGCAAGUGCAACGGGCAGUGGAGAAGCAGCUGCAGCCACUUCACCUCCCACAAAUAAACAGUUGGAAUCCAGUCAAAAACAAGAAAGUCUUAAACCGGAAGAUCUCAAGGAUACAGAUGCUGAUGAUGAAUACAAGGAACAAGGUGGUAAAUUCAAAAAGAAUACGGGAAAAGCCAGGUUGUGA